GUGAUAUCCAGUCUUGAUACAACGAACAAACAUGCCAUUCAAUACGGAGCUUACCAGGGCACUCGGCAUUAGAGUGCCCGUUGUACAGGGAGGUAUGCAAUGGGUGGGAUAUGCAGAGCUCGCCAGUGCUGUCAGUAAUGCAGGUGGCCUGGGUAUAUUGACUGCUCUUACCCAACCGACCCCAGAGGACCUUCGCAAGGAGAUCCGCCGCUGUCGCGAGAUGACCAAGAACCCCUUCGGCGUAAACCUCACCCUCCUACCCGCCAUGGUCCCCCCGGACUACGCAGCCUACGCCCGCGUCAUCAUCGAGGAGAAGGUCAACAUCGUCGAGACGGCUGGUAACAGCCCAGGACCAGUUAUCAAGCAACUCAAGGCCGCUGGCACAACCAUCCUGCACAAGUGCACCACAAUCAGGCAUGCGCAGUCUGCCGUGAAGCUUGGCGUGGACUUCCUGUCUAUCGAUGGCUUCGAGUGCGCCGGACACGUUGGCGAGACCGAUAUCACAAACUUCAUCCUUCUGAGCAAGGCAAGGCAAACGCUCGGCGUGCCUUUCAUUGCGUCAGGGGGUUUCGCAGAUGGCCAGGGUCUGGCAGCUGCGCUCGCUCUGGGAGCUUGCGGUAUCAACAUGGGAACCCGUUUCAUGUGUACCGUGGAAGCGCCUAUCCACCACAACAUCAAGCAGUCGAUUGUCGACGCGCAAGAAACAGAUACUACGCUCGUUCUUAGGCGGUGGAAGAACACGUCGCGACUUUUCGCCAACAAGGUUGCGCUAGCCGCCGUUGACAUCGAGAAGAAGAGCACGACUGGCAAGUUCGAGGAGGUGGCUGAGUACGUCAGCGGCAAGCGGGGUCGUCAGGUGUUCUUGAACGGUGACAAGGACUUUGGUGUCUGGACAGCUGGUCAAGUCAUCGGACUCAUUCACGACAUCCCCACCAACGAAGAGCUCCUCAAGCGCAUCGAGCGCGAGGCCGUCGAGACCAUGAAGCAGAACCAGAGCUUAUAUAUUGAAGACGGACAACAACCAGUGUCGGAGAGUGGCUCGAUCAACAAGAAGUCGAAUAACCCUCAGGCAGAGGUUUGGGGUAUUGGCAAGAGCAAGCUAUAGGCGUGUAUAGACGAAAACUAUCAAGUUUGUGAAAA